AUGGUGCAGACCAUCAAAGAUAUCAAUGUUGAAGUCAUAGAAGAUCCCUCUCUGACAAAGAACAUAGGUGGGCAAUCUAUCCAGUCUGGAGAAGUGAUUGUCACUUCUGUCAUUGCUGCCGAAGACUUGGAGCUUCCCUCUAGAGAUGAAGAGGAUGAAACUCUGGCAGAUCAGCCAACUGUUGAGCUCUUUGUUCUAAUCAUUUAUUGCCUGUUUAUUACAGCUGAAAGUCCUCCUCCCCCUCCUACUAAGUCAAAAAGACUUAGAAAAAGGACUGUGGUGGAGUACGUGGCCACAGAAGAACCUGCAGCAGCUCCCACAACCACUUCUGGCAUAAAUGAAGAGCUAAGGGAGGCCUUUGAAGCUGUAGAGCAAGAGAAGGAGCAAGAAGAAGGGGAUGUCCCUUUAAAAGAGAAGAACAAAGAGUUUGAAGAAGAGGAGGAGAUUCCUACUGAAGUGAUUGCAGAAAGCAUUGCUCUAGCAGAACUUCCUGUUGCACUCCUAGAAUCUGAAGUGGAGAUAGUUGCUGCUGUUCCUAGACUUGUGUCUUCCCAGGUAGAAGUGCCCAGAACUGUUGGGAUUUUGGCAAUGAUGACCAGCCCUCUUAAGCCUCAUAUCGUAGCUAGAAGCAUAGCUCCAUUCCUUGCAAUGGAGAGGGUGAAGAUCUGGCAAUCCAUUGAGCUGGAACUGGAUGAGAAUAGGGAAGCUGUUAACCAAUUGAUGAAGGACAUGGACCUACUGCACAGAAAGAACAUGGCUCCCAAGCCUAUACUUGAGAUGAGCCUUGGCUUGUCCAGAGAUGUGCUCAACCUUCACGAUCGUUAUGAGGAUCUCAAACCUACCUUCAAAACCUCUGAGUUCUGCAAGGCUACUCACAAAGCCAAUUUGGCCGAUUAUGCAAAACAGAAGGCAGAAUUGGACCAGAUGGUCGCAGGUUACAAAGAAACCAAGGCUACUGCCGAUAAGCUGGAGAGGCAAAUUGAAGAACUCCAAAAGCAGCUGGCAGAAUGUAGGGAGGUGCAGAACAAGCUCGGGGCCGGAUUGAGUUCUAAAAGCCAAGGCUACCUUUCUUGUGCAGAGCAUGGUCUCAGCUUCCAGGCCAGCAUUGGAGAUUGCAGAGGCUUCAAUCCACCAGGGGGUGCUGCUUCAGAAAGAACUUUCAAUCAAGAAGACUAG